GGUGUCGUUCCGCAGUACAUACUUUCUCAGAGUCUCCCUCAGCUGAAGGAAAUAUAGAGUUUUGAUUGUAGAAGACGCAACUAUCUUUUUGAGAUGGGCUGAGGCUCGAUAGUUGCCAGUCAAAGGAUAGAAACAUGGCUUUAUUGGUAGGUUGAACUUUGAAGCUCUAAUAUUGACUUCUGGGACCAGACAUUCUCUUUCUCCUGUGUAGACGCGUGAAAGAGAAUUGGCUUCAUAGUUGGACAGUAUGCGGUGUUUUUCCUUUGAUUUCCCCAUCCUGCUGUAGGUAGUGGUUCGACAUGGUGGUGAUCAGUCUACAGCGUUGCAUAUUGACGAGCCAGUAGUUACACAUAUAUCAAGACUGGCUGUUGCAAGAUUGAAAACAAUAAAGCUGUUCAUUGUCUAGUCUAGUAACUACCUCUCAACGUGAUCGAUCCUCUGGAAAAAGUCUCAGAGUAUUAACUUGAUCGUGAAGAGAGAAACGGCGUGCAGUUGGAAGCAGGUGGAGUAAUUCGCUUCUUGGGCUGGUGAGGCCUGCACGUGCUUCCGUGGACCACGCACCCCACCAGUAGCGCUUCGAAUAAGCGAGCCCAACUUCGAAGUCCGCGUCGCGUCUUCCUUCAACUUUCUUCAACACCUCGAAUUCUGUACAGCACCACAUUUCGAAGAGAACACGAUUGUCGGCUUUUUAGGCCUUUGGCCGACAGGCCAAGAUGGCGAAACCCUCGGGCAGCACCAGAGCCGCGCCGCUGAAGACAUAUUCAAGACGCGUCAACAUCACCACAGAGAAGCCUCCUGGCAAGAGGAAGCUCUCCGAGGACUUUCAAGCUGUUGUUGAACUACCUCCUGCAAAGAAAUUCGCGCGAUCAUCGAUUCAAAGCUACUUCCAGCCUUUGUCAAGCUGCCCGAGUCCGGCGCCUAUUCGAUCUAGUCUACAAUCUUCCGAUAACCUCGAGCUGGUUCCAACUCCGCCUACUUCGCCCCCUUCUAGAGCAGCUAGCCCUUCGAUUCCGCAUCGGAAAAUUCAGAGAAGACCGAAAAGGCGCAUUUCCACCCGACCGAAAGAGCUGCCAAUUGUCAAGAUGUCUCAAGGCUCCGAAUCAUCGCAAAGUGUGUGCUCCCAGUGCAUCGACGACUACAUUUGUCACCGUCAUCAGCAAAAUUACCCACUCUCCGAUCAUUAUGCUGAGGAAGGCGGCGAAAGUAGCAGUCAAACAUGCGAGUCUGGCGUUGGCACUCCAAAUGCGACGAGCUCUCCCAUCCCCAUCCCUCGACUUCGAGCCCAAAGAAUGACGCAGUCCCAGCUUUCGCUCGGCAACACCGAUUCCCAGGUGGUCUGCGAGGAAUGCGGCUCGCGCUAUGACAAGACUUUGACGGAAGAUCGUGCCUCGCACUCUGAUAUGCAUGAGGAGAGAAUCAAUUGUGGUUCAUCUGGUGUCAAUCUUUGCGGUGUCACUCUUCAAGGCGGCGGAGCUGGCGUAACUUAUUUCGAUGGUAAGAAGCUCUUCUUCAUCAGAGUCAAGCGCAAUGAUGCUGCUGUGGUUCGCUCUUUCGCACGACGUGUUGUUGAGAAGGUUGACGGAGAAUUGGGAUAUCCGAAGGUUGAUGACAUGUGGUCCGAGACUGAGAAUCCAGACCCAGAGUUCGCUGGAAAAAGCACCGAACGAUUCCAGGUCUUCAUUGCUAUGGUUGAUCGUCGUCCUGUUGCCGCUAUCAUCGCAGAGCCUAUCGUACGAGCUGUAGCCUUUGCCAGAAUUCUCAAGCCAGGCCAGGGUGGCAAUGGAGAAGAAGAAGUCCACAGAGACCAUGUUGUCAACGACAUUGUCAUGAGCGUUGACCGCAUCUGGGUUGAUGAAAAGUAUCGCCGGGGCGCUUUUCAUGGUGUCCACCUUGCUAGGAUUCUGCUCGACAUUGCUCGCAGCCAUUUCGUUGGCAGCUACACCAUCCCUCGGGCACGGGUUGCGUUCUCUAGACCAACAAACCAAGGCUACAAAUUCGCUUGCGACUACUUCCGAGGUUCUCACGAUCAGCUGUUUCCGGAUAUCAAGGCCACGUUACUUAUCAAUGUCGAUUCCGAAACUCCCAUCACUCGUAUGCGGCCUGCAGAAAUCACAUCGCAGCUACAAUCGACCCUUGGACCGGUCUGAAUUGGCGCAAUCUGAAGUUGACGGGGCCUGGAAUUGUGUUAGCAUGAGAUUCAGAGCGUAUGGGAUCGUGACGGAAGGUUUAUUUGUACCUCAUUGAAAUCAUCCAUCGGAAUGACUUGACUGUGCUGCAUUGCAUAGAAGGCAUCUGGCAUUUGGGGAGUUCUUGUGUUUACGGCAAUACCCAUGCAUAAAAGGCGUUUGCGGAAUGAAAGUUAGAAUGAGUGUCAAUUUCAGACACAAUACACCGUACUUUUCAGGAGCCUUUUGGUAUGUGACAAUGACCAUGUUGAACUGGUAAUUCAACUCCAGAAGAAAGUAUCCUGUGUUGACACGAGAAACCCAACUGAAUUGUAUUUCAAAUGCAUCUUAACAGAAGGCCUCUACUUGCUAUAGCUAUGUUUCCCACAUUCCAAAUCUUAUGCGUGUCGUUAGAAGUUUCCAUCGUAUUGGUUUUCAGGAUCGUCAGAAACUCGAGAAGGGAUGAACUGCUUGGCAAGAUAUAAUAAUUGUCUUGAGGCUUGACUCAAUUUCAUAACUCCCAACCCUUUGGUCUAAGAGCGUAACAGACUUCACUCCGGCCCACAGUAAUGAUUUGUUUCGGCGCAAAUCCCAGCAAAAGUCUGUGGUUCCAGAUCUGGGGAAAAGUGUACGAUCCUUGGGUAAACCCCAGCGCCGAUUGUGGGGAAAGCCGCCAGCGUGCGCAUGCCCUGAGCCUGCCUGCCAAAUAAGCUUCGAGGCCGAGCGAGCCCGCGCCAUUUGAUAAGACAAGAUCAAGACGCCUCACCAUCACCGAGCUUCCGGCCCACGCAA